AUGCGCUGCGACGACGACGACGCCGGUCGCACGGUGGAGGUCGUGCUCGGGCCGGCGGCGCCCUGCGCCGGCGCCGACGCCGCGAGCCCGCGGCCGUGCGACGAGCGCGCGGCGGCGACGGCGGCGACGCUGCGGGGCGCCGCGCGCGCGCUCGGCGUCGAGCUGCGCUGCGUGGACACGCGGGAGACGGACCCCAUCACGGUGGGCGUCGCGCGGGACCUGCGGCGGCGGCGGCUCCUGCCGGGCUGGCAGGCGCGGCGCGGCGCGGCGGCCGACGUCGCCGUCGGCGCGGACCGCGCGACGGCGCGGCGGCUCGCGCGGCGCUUCGGCCCGCGGCUCGUGGCCCUGCGGUGCGCGUCGCCCGUGCCGCGGCGCUGCUGGGCCUACUUCGAGGUGCGCCUCGAGUGGGCGCGGGGCGCGGACGACGACGCGCGGCGCGGCGAGCCCGAGGCGCUCGUGGGCGUGGCGCCGGAGCGCGACGAGCCCCGGAAUCGCCUCGCGUGCGGCGCCGCGCCCCACGCCGCGGCCUUCUCGAGCCUGGGCGGGCGCACGGUCGCGGGGACCUUCGCGCCCGGCGGCGGCUUCGCGCCCGGCGACGCCGUCGGCGUGCUCGUGCACCACGGCGCGGCGCGCGUCGACGUCGCGCUCCUCCGCGGCGACGGCGACGGCCGGCGCCUCGUCGCCCGCGACGGCUUCGCGCCGCCGCCGGGCGACGGCCGGCUCCACGCGACCCUGGCCCUCGGCUCCCGGGACGUCGUCGCGCGCGGCGUCUUCGACGCGGCCGAGCUCCCGCCGCGGCCCGUCGUCGCCGCCGCCGCGGCGCUGCCGGACUACGCCGCGGUCUACGCCCUCGCCGGCGCCGGCGGCAUCCCGCUGCUCAUCGACCUCCUGCGCAACGGGAGCGUGGACGCGAAACAGAAGGCCGCAGGCGUGCUGUGCGUCCUCGCGUACCUCAACGACGACUACAAGGUCGCGAUCGCCGAGGCCAGCGGCAUCCCGCUGCUCAUCGACCUCCUGCGCAACGGGAGUGCGGACGCCAGAUGGGAUGCCGCAGCCGCGCUGCGCAACCUCGCGUUCAACAACGACGCCAACAAGGUCGCGAUCGCCGCGGCCGGCGCCAUCCCGCCGCUCGUCGAUCGCCUGCGCAACGCGAGCGCGGCGGCCAAGACGCAGGCCGCGGACGCGCUGUGCAACCUCGCGCUCAGCAACGCCGCCAACAAGGUCGCGAUCGCCGAGGCCGGCGCCAUCCCGCUGCUC